AUGUCUGACAUCUUUAAAAUCAAAUUCUUAUUCAAAUUCAAUUGCAUGAAUUAGAACUAAAUUGCCACUAAAAGAUAAACUAAGCUAUUCGUUUAAACUGGCUUAUAAUUGACUUUAAUAAUAUUAGUUUAAAGCUAAAACGAAUUAUUUGUUAGGAUAAUCAGAAACUUCAAAAAUUCCUUUACUUAUUUAGAUUUUAAUUUCAAAUAUUGUUUUAAUAUUAAAACUUUAAUUUAAAUCUCCUUUUAUAGGUUAAAAAUGUUCAUUCUAGCUAAAUUAUAAUUAGCUGUUUCCAAUAUUAUGAACAUUUAUUAAGAAAAAGUUUUAAUUGUUCUAAAUUACUUAACAAUAACCGCCACCUAUAUAAAAAGGACUAAUUUAUUAAUUGACUCUGCCUCCUUACAAGUUUCUGUUUUUUUAAAUUAAUUGUUACUAAAAAAACUAAUUUUAGGCUUGUUAAUUAUUUGGUAAAACCCUUUGAAACAUAUUUGCUUAACUUUUGUUACUUAAUAAUACUUGAGUAUUUUGUUAACAGACAUUAGAAACCUGAAAUCUAAAAAUGUAAAAUUUACAUUAAUUUAAAACAAUGUUUGA